CCCCCCUGUCCGCUUUUUAUUUAAUUUAAUCCCACCUAAAGGCCAUUCUCUCUCUCACUGUUCCCCCCCUGCUCAUUUUCUGGCCUUAUCAGAAACCCGGUUCCUCUUUUUUACUCAGCUUCUCUCUUCCCCUUCCUCUCCUCGCCUUCUUCCUUCUUCACCGUUCGUCUUUCUUUCUUCUUCAACCUCCCGUAAUUCUUUUUAUUUACGUCGCGUGCGCUGAGAGGUUGAUUCUGGUUCUGGGUUCUGCUUUCUUGUGUCCUUGUCGGCACCUUUCACUCACUCACUCAUUCUACCUGAGCCUACGUCUUUUGACUUUAUACUUCGAACCCGUUGAGAUACACGCGUCGAAGCGUUGAAGCUUGCCCACAAUGUUUGGACAAGUGCGCACAAACCGGUCGACGGUCCUUAUGGCCGGCACCGUUAUCUUCCUGGUCGCUUUUGUUAGCCUGGCCUACAACCAUCUCGACAAGUGGGAGCCUCCCGCUGACGUCGCUACCGACACCGAGACAUCCAUCAUUGGUGAUACCCACGAUGAGCCCAAGAAGACUGAGCCGGAGCAACCCGAGCAGCACGGCGCCAUGUCGAAACCCGACCACCCUUCCAACGCCUCCACCGAGCUCGGCGACUACUACUUCAACUACAUCAUGAAGGCCCGCGUCAGCCCUGCCGACAAGAAGUACGCUCCUUUCGGCGCUUUCCCCAUGGAGCUCCCCGCCGAGCCCAAGUGGACUGAGAUGAUUGGCGAGGACCUCUGCAUUAUCGAUCUUGACAACCGACCUUUCGACGAGCCUGGCCAGAUCUUCUCCCCCGGUCUGAUGAGCUGGGACCGCGCUGACGAGACCCACGGUCUGUCCCUCGGUGUUCUGAACCACUGGCUCUAUGCCAAGAACCACGGUUACAAGUACUACUACGUUGACAUCACCGAUCCCUUUGAGGAUCGCCGCAACUCCUGGAAGAAGCCCCCGAUUCUGUCCAAGAUCCUCAAGAAGCACAAGGCCUGCAUCUUCCUUGACUCCGAUGCCGUCUUCCACCACCUCGAUCUGCCCUUUGAGUGGCUCAUGAACUACUGGCAGCUCCACCCCGAUACCAACUCUCUCGCCCUUGCCUACGAUCCUCACCACAAGAACAACAUGGACAAGUUCGACAAGGUCUACCUCAACACUGGUUUCAUCGUUCUCCAGAACAACGAGAAGACCUUCGAAAUCCUCAAGGAGUGGGAGGACUGCCCCAACGAGGGUGGCAAGCACCCCGACUGUGUCGAGUUCCGAAAGAACCGCCCCGGAAAGCCCACCGACCAGGGUGGCUUCGGUACCUACAUCCGCUACGAUUACCCUAAGGACAUCAAGGAUCUUCCCUGCACCGAGGCCAACGGUUUCCCCGAGAGCCGAUCUGGCUGCGACGGAAAGUUCAUCAAGCAUCUCUGGACCGGCAAGAAGGACCACAUCAAGGUGGUCAUCGGCCAGCAGGUCCCCGGUGCGCUGCUAGAGAUGUUCCACAAACAAUUCAUGGAAGAGAAGCCAAAGUUCUUCAUCUCCGAGCGAGACCUGAUGGCCCAGAAGGAUUAAAUAAGUAAUGAAAAUGCUUUAAUGAGACCGAGUACUAGAAAAGGCGGACAUGAUACGGACGGCUUUUGAAAUCAUCUUUUUUUUUAAUAAUUUUACUGUAAAACUUAUACCAUCCAGGAGAGGUAUAGGCAAUACCUCUUCUCCCUCUCAAUUGGGGUUUACUUGACAUGGUGUUUUUGGGAGUGUUAAGGGUUUUUUAAACAAAUGGCCUGCAAUCGGAAACUUUUUUUUGGAUGUUUGUUCAAUGUGCAUGAGAGAAAGAAAACUAGGCAUGAUCUCUUUAUGAGUAAUAGGGAUAACAAUGAGUUUUGACGUUGA